UAUGGCUGUCACAGAUGUUAACACAGAUGACGAUUCAAAUACCAACAACACUUGUGAUAAAAAUAAAGAAUCCAAUGAACCUGCAGACUUUGAAAAGGCCAUAAAUGAAGCUGGAUUUGGUUUAUUUAAUCUACUGCUACUGUUCGUGGCAAUUCCGGCAACACUGGCCAAUGUUUUCUCAACCACAACCAUGGCAUACAUUCUACCCAUUGCCGAAUGUGAUCUCCGGCUGACUCUUUUCAAUAAGGGUAUGUUAAAUGCUGCCACAUAUGCUGGCAUGAUUGCCUCCGCCAUUGUUUGGGGUUAUCUGGCCGAUACCCAGGGUAGAAAGAAAAUUCUUGUAGUUGGCUAUUUGGCAGAUGCUGUUUGUGUGGUCUGCAGUUCCCUAAGUCAGAAUUUUGUUAUGUUGGUGAGCUUUAAAUUUUUGGGUGGCUUAAUUGUAAAUGGCCCUGGCGCAGUAUUAUUCACCUAUUUAACUGAAUUACAUGGUUCCAAACAUCGACCACGUGUCCUAAUGAUUUUGGGUAUGGUGCAAUCAUUUGGCACUCUAAUUCUGCCCAUUUUGGCUUGGCUGGUAUUGCCCAGAGAUUGGGAAUUUAAAAUUGAGGAAUUUAAUGUUCAUACGUGGCAAAUAUUUUUAUUUAUCUGUGCCUUACCCAGUCUUGUAACUGGUCUUAUGCUCAUGCUUUUGCCUGAAAGCCCGAAAUUUUUAAUGUCCCAGGGUCGCAAUAUGGAAGCCUUAAGAGCUUUUCAGAAAAUCUAUGCCUUUAAUAAAAGGAAACCGAGAACUUCAUAUCCGAUCAAACACCUUAUCGAAGAAGUUCCCACGCGAGAUACCAACGCCAAUGAUGUCAUCUUUACCAUUGAAAAUAAACUACAAUCUGCUGAUAGUGAAGCUGCAGCAUCGCAUAAACCCAAACGUCCACAUCGUUCAAUGUCUCAGAGUCUGCAUGAAGGUUGGCAACAAGCCAGACCCAUGUUCCAAAAGCCAUUGCUCUCUAAAUCGCUGCAUGUUUAUCUAAUGCAGUUCUGCAUUUUAUUGGGUUUGAACACCAUUCGCCUUUGGUUACCACAAUUAUUUGCCUCAAUUGCCGAAUUCGAGCAUGAAUUUGCCGGCACUGAUGAAUCGGCAAAUCUUUGUGUCAUCUUGGAUUAUAGUGUUAAUAAGACAGCAACCGCUAUUGCCACCUAUACGGGAGAAUGUACGGCGAACAAAGAUGUAUCGGUCGAUACAUAUUUGAACAAUAUUAUUGUAUCCAUUGUGGGCUUGGUCGGUUAUUGCUUUGCGGGAUUGAUUGUACGUGCCCUGGGUCCCAAACGUUUAUUAACUUAUGGCCUCUUAAUAUCUGGUAUUUUGGGAUUCAGUCUAUUUUGGUCAAAUAGCGGUCUCACAACACUCAUCAUAUCAUCCUUGUUUAUAACUGUGUGCAGUAUUUCAACUUCAUCCCUGCUGGGUAUGGUUGUAGCCAUAUUUCCUACAACACUAAGAUUGGAUUAG